AUGUUGAAGUCAUCAUCAUCGUCUCUCUUCGCGAACUCGAUUCUCCUUCACCGAUGGAAGAAAAUGUCAGAGCUAAUCAAGACUCACGCCCUUCUGAUCACACUCGGUCUCUCCGAGGAAGAACCUUUCGCCUCUCGAGCUCUCUCCUUCUCUGCUCUAUCCUCCACAGGCGACGUCGAUUACGCUUACAGAUUCUUGACGAGAUUACCAAAUCCUCCGGCUUUCAGCUGGAACUUCGUGAUACGAGGCUUCUCCAAUAGCAAAACCCCCGAGAGAACGAUCCGUGCUUAUAUCCAAAUGCUGAGAAACGGGUUCUCACCAGAUCACAUGACUUAUCCGUUUCUCCUGAAAUCGAAUUCACGUCUCUUGAAUAGGCAACUUGGUGGGUCGUUGCAUUCCUCCGUAGUGAAAAAUGGGUUCGUGUGGGAUUUGUACAUUUGUAAUUCUCUUAUCCAUUUGUACGGUUCGUUGCGAGAUAGUGUUUCUGCUCGCAAAUUGUUCGAUGAAAUGCCUGAUAAGAAUUUGGUCACUUGGAACUCGAUCUUGGACGGGUACGCGAAAUGCGGGGAUGUUGUUUCUGCACGAAAGUUGUUUGAUGAAAUGACCGAGAGAGAUGUUGUGUCGUGGAGCUCUAUGGUAGAUGGGUAUGUAAAGAGCGGCGAGUAUAGCGAAGCUCUUGAAGUUUUUGAUGAGAUGAUGAGAGUAAGUUCAAUAAAGGCUAAUGAAGUCACUAUGGUUAGUGUGUUGUGCGCUUGUGCUCACUUGGGUGCGCUGAACAGAGGAAAGGCGGUGCAUCGGUAUAUAGUGGAUAAGCAUUUGCCUUUGACAGCUAUGUUGCAGACGUCUCUUAUCGAUAUGUAUGCUAAAUCCGGGUCGAUAGGAGACGCUUGGGGGGUGUUUUGUGGAGCAAACGUUGAGGAGAGAGAUGUAUUGAUGUGGAAUGCUAUGAUUGGAGGGCUUGCGAGUCACGGUUUCAUAAGAGAGUCGCUUCAAUUGUUUCACAAAAUGCAAGAAUCAGAGUUUGAACCGGACGAGAUAACAUUCUUGUGCUUGCUUGCUGCUUGCUCCCACGGCGGGUUAGUGAAAGAAGCUUGGCAUUUGUUUAAGAGUCUCGAGAAAAGCGGAGCAGAACCAAAGAGCGAGCAUUACGCUUGUAUGGUCGACGUGCUUUCCCGUGCCGGUCUGGUUAAAGAUGCAUACGGUUUUAUAUCCGAAAUGCCGAUGAAGCCGACCGGUUCGAUGCUGGGUGCUUUGCUUAACGGGUGUAUAAACCAUGGAGACUGGGAGCUUGCGGAAACAGUUGGAAAGAGGCUUGUAGAGCUGCAACCGGAUAAUGAUGGACGAUAUGUCGGACUAGCUAACGUUUAUGCGAUCAACAAGCGGUUUGGCGCGGCGAGGUCUAUGAGAGAAGCAAUGGAGAAGAAAGGAGUGAAGAAAGUUGCUGGACACAGUAUAAUUGAAUUGAAUGGAAUGCGGCAUAGAUUCAUAGCUCAUGACAAAACUCAUUUAGACUUUGAGAAGAUCUACGCAGCGUUACAUCUGGUUGGUACUUGGAUGGAUCUCAAUGUCGACAAUGACGAUAGUGGGAACUAUAAUUGUAUUUGUUCAUUUUAAAAUCAUGAUGUUUUAGUCAUUUUAACUAGGAUGAGA